CUUAGAUAUCGCUUACACAACCGUGUCUUUUCUUCAUUCUGCCUGCAUCUCCUCGCCGGUGUGUGGGAACCUACACGUUUUUUUUUAAUUUAACAGCCAAACAGCGUUUUAGAAAUGAGUGGGGACCAUUCCCACAACGAGGACCAGAUUGACUGUGGCUCCCGGGUCAAUGACUCUCACAAGCAUAAAGACAAAUAUAAAGAGAAGGAACACAAACAUAAGGACCACAAGAAGGAUAAGGAGCGGGAGAAAUCAAAAUAUGGAAACAGCGAUCACAAGGAUUCCUCUGAUAAAAAGCACCGAGAUAAGGAGAAGGAAAAGAUGAAGCACAAAGAUGGCAGCACAGACAAGUAUAAGGAAAAGCACAAGGAGAAGAGGAAAGAAGAGAAGAUGAAGUCCUUUGAUGAGAAAAUAAAAAAGGAAAAGGAGAAUGGCUUUGCCAGCCCACCGUAUAUGAAGUCUGAGCCUGAGGAUGAUUUUUACCACUCUCCAAAACACGAGAGGUCUCUAAAAAGAGAACGAGAUGAUGAUGAUAACGACGCUGAAUUCAAACCUAAAAAAAUAAAAACUGAAAAUGACAAGAAGGCCAAGAAAAGGAAACAAGACGAGGACAUUAAGUCCAAAAAAACAAAACACAAAAAAGAAGUAACCGAUGGAAAAAAGAAAGCAAAGAAAGAGCCUGAGGAGAAGUGGAAAUGGUGGGAAGAGGAAAGAUACACAGAUGGUGUCAAAUGGAAGUUCCUUGAACACAAAGGGCCGGUGUUUGCACCAGCAUAUGAACCUCUUCCUAGCCAUGUCAAAUUUUACUAUGAUGGUAAACAUAUGAAGCUCAGCCCAGAAGCGGAGGAGGUAGCGACCUUCUUUGCCAAAAUGCUGGAUCAUGAAUAUACCACCAAGGAUAUCUUCCGUAAAAAUUUCUUUAAAGAUUGGAGGAAGGAAAUGACUUCGGAAGAAAGGGCUAAGCUCACAGACCUGAAAAAGUGUGACUUCGCUGAGAUGAGCGAAUACUUCAAGGCACAAUCUGAAGCAAGGAAAGCCAUGUCUAAGGAGGAAAAACAAAAAAUAAAGGAAGAGAAUGAACGCAUCUUGCAGCAAUAUGGCUUUUGCGUCAUGGACAACCACAAGGAACGUAUUGCUAACUUCCGCAUUGAGCCCCCAGGCCUGUUUCGUGGUCGUGGAGACCAUCCUAAAAUGGGGAUGCUCAAACGCCGAAUCAGGCCCCAAGACAUUAUCAUCAACUGCAGCAAGGAUUCAAAGGUUCCUGAGCCUCCUCCCGGCACCAAAUGGAAAGAAAUUCGCCAUGACAAUAAGGUGACUUGGCUGGUGUCGUGGACAGAAAACAUUCAAGGCUCCAUCAAGUACAUUAUGCUGAACCCGAGCUCUCGAAUCAAGGGAGAGAAGGAUUGGCAGAAGUAUGAAACGGCACGUCGACUGAAGAAAUGUGUGGACCGCAUCAGAGCCCAGUACCGCGAAGACUGGAAGUCCAAGGAGAUGAGGAUCAGACAGAGGGCUGUGGCUCUCUAUUUCAUUGAUAAGCUGGCUCUGAGAGCGGGUAAUGAGAAGGAAGAAGGAGAGACUGCAGACACUGUGGGCUGCUGCUCGCUGAGAGUUGAACACAUCAAACUCUAUCCAGAGAACGAGGGUCAAGAGUACGUAGUCGAGUUUGAUUUCCUGGGUAAAGACUCGAUCCGCUACUACAACAGAGUCCCUGUGGAGAAGAGGGUAUUUAAGAAUCUACAGUUGUUUAUGGAGAACAAAGAGCCUGAUGAUGACCUAUUUGAUCGGCUGAAUACAUCAAUCCUGAACAAGCACCUUCAGGAGCUGAUGGAUGGUCUGACAGCCAAAGUUUUCCGUACAUACAACGCCUCUAUCACCCUGCAGCAGCAGCUGAAGGAGCUCACGACUGCGGAGGAGAACAUUCCGGCCAAAAUCUUGUCCUACAACAGGGCCAACAGGGCAGUGGCUAUUCUGUGUAACCAUCAGAGGGCUCCACCGAAGACAUUUGAGAAGUCUAUGCAGAACUUGCAGUCAAAGAUUGACGCUAAAAGGGACCAGCUUGCUGAUGCCAAGAGGGAACUGAAGAGCGCCAAGGCAGACGCCAAAGUACGAAAAGAUGAAAAAUCCAAAAAGGCAGUGGAGAGCAAGAAGAAAGCGGUACAGAGGAUAGAAGAGCAACUGAUGAAGCUGGAAGUGCAGGCAACUGAUCGAGAAGAGAAUAAACAGAUUGCACUCGGUACUUCCAAACUCAACUAUCUGGAUCCUCGCAUUUCUGUGGCUUGGUGUAAGAAGUGGGGCAUUCCCGUGGAAAAGAUCUACAACAAAACCCAGCGUGAGAAGUUUGCCUGGGCCAUUGACAUGGCAGAAGACGACUAUGAA